UCAAAACCCACCCCUUCUUUUCUCUCCCCAAACAGCAAAAUUGGCCUCUUUUUACUUUCUUACACUUCGUCUCUUUCCCCUCCGCGCUUGCACCCGAUCUGCGGUGAGGAGCUCCAUGCCAAGGAUCGCCACAGUGCGGCACUCACAUGGCACCACCGCCGCGCCGCAACGCGCCAUGCUGCCUCCACUCAUUGCGCUGCAUGCGUCCAUGGCCGCGCGCCUAGGUUGGUAGGUGGCACCGCGGUACCGGACGACGAAGCCGGCGGAGUGGGGGGCCGGAGUGAGGAAGAAGACAAUGGCGGCGGCGCGGCUGUGCGGCGACAGUGGCGGCGAUGGCGAUGCGGCUCCGCUGGCGCUGUCCGUGCUCCACGACCUGCUUGGGGUGGCCGCCUUCGUCGCCUCCCACCCGCUCCACGCCGCGUACGCGCUCUUCUUCGCGCGCCACCUCCUCGCGCUCGCCUGCUUCUUCUGCCCGCUCCUCCUCACCACCUCGCUCCUCCUCGCCGUGCUCGUCACCGUCGCGCCCUACGUCGGCGGCGGCGGCGGGGAGUCGCCGCCUCCGCCUGGGGUGCGGUCGUCGCUCGGGUGGACCUGCGGCAUUGCCGUCGGCGCGCUCCGGGCAGAGCUCCGCCCCGACGGGGCCGGCACCCGCGCUGGUGGCGGCGCCGUCGCGCUUCUCGGCCAGCUCUGCUCCUUCGUCCUCGGCCCCGGCGACGCCGCCGCCGUGCACCGCGUUGGCGAGAUCAUGGGCGAGUUGUGCGACAUUGGCGAUUCUUGCUUCAUUCCACAAGACAAGUCCAUGAUGUUCGACCACACAGAGCUCGGGCUCCCAUGGCAUCAUCCCGCCAUCGAUGGCGAAAUCUCCAUGGAUCAAGAAGCUCUCGACGACGAGAUCAAGGACGGAAUCGAGGUCAAGAAGGUAGUUCUUGAGCUGGACGCUCCACAUUUUCCUUCGCAGAGUUGCUCAGCGAGCGACACGUCCCUGCAAGACAUGGACGAGCACGAGCAGAACGCCAUUCAGGACCAGAGCUCGGGUUCCCCAGACGUGGAUGGGCUCAGCGAUGGCGUCGAGGAGAAGAGGCUGGAGUGCGACCCUGUCUCGGUGGAGAUCAAGAAAUGCGAGCCGGCGGCGAGACCGCAUUCCUCCGUUUCCCGGAGAAUCUUGCAGUGGGAGGCACAGGCUUCAGGCAAUUUCAAGAGAGCUCUUGACGAAAUGGAGGACAAUGCGGUGGAAUUCUGCUCGGAGGAAUCGCCAUUGAUGGGUUUCAAGGAAUGCAACAAAUUGGAGGAUGCAGAAAAACGCGGCAAAAAGAGCGAAGUUGAAGAAGCUACUCCUGUUGCUCAAUCUUGCGGACACCAAGAAGAACAAGAGUUCAAGGAUGUCAAGGAAUGCGUGCCAUCUGAAGCUGAAAAUUGCAGCAAGAUCCAGCAAUCUGAAGAAAGCAGAUUGGCUGUUCUCUCUGAACAAGAAUGGCAAGAAGAGAAGCUCAAGAUUGUUCUUCCUGAACCUGAGCUGCAAGAUCAGGAGUACAAAGAUGUGGAGCCUGUGAAAGAAUCGCAGGGCCAGGAGCAGAGAUUUGUUCAGUCUGGAGAAGAGAAGCAAGAACGACAAGAGUGCAGCUGUGUGCAACCUGAAGAAGAACAGCUGCAAGAACAACAAGAGUGUGACAAUGGCGUGCAGACUGAAGAAGAGGAGUUGCAGGAGGAGUUCAAGGACGCGGACCAAGAGCUCGCAAGAGAGGAUCCGCUCAGGCCGUCGACGUCGAUCGCGCGGCGGGUGCACUCGCGCACCUCGUCGGAGAACCUCGUCGUCGGCGGCGAGGGGUCGCCGCGGAAGGAGAAGGAGUGGAAGCGCACGCUGGCGUGCAAGCUCUACGAGGAGCGGAUGCAGCUCAAGCUCUGCCGCGACCGCGCCGUCGUCGAGUGCAGCGACAACAUGGACAUGCUCUGGGAGGCCUACGAGGUCGGCGUCGGCGGCGGCGGCGCCUCCUCGGCCGCCGCCACAAAGCGUGGCGGCAGCAAGACGAAACGCGGCAGCAGCAGCAAGCAAGAACACUCGAUUGCCAAAGGCACGCAAGAACAGGUGGAGGCGGAGGACGAAGACGACGGCGACGGCGACGGCGACUACGACGAGGAAGGUUCGGUGAGGCAGCUGUGCUGCCUCCAGGCUCUCAAGUUCUCGACGAGGAAGAUGAACUUGGGCGGCGGCAAGCCGAGCCUGGCCAAGAUUUCCAAGGUCCUGAGGAGGGUGGCGGCGUUGUCGAGGUCCGGAUCACGUCGCAGCACCAAAGGAUGAAGAAAUGAAGAAGACACUCUUCCCAGCAAUGGUGAAUGAAUCCAUGGCUGCACCUGUACCCAUCCAUCAUCGUCUUCCUCACCUCAACCAUGCAUCAGUCGUAACAAGGGUUGCUCACUGUAUUUGAGCUCAUUUUAAUUGCUUGAAUUUUAUGUUUUUCUCUCUCUUUUUUUUAUUCAGUUUGUGUAGAUAUAUGAUGUAUAUGAAUACCCAAUGGUUUCAGAGAGAUUGGGGCUGGUAAUUACAGGGCUGUCUGUCACUUUGGCAUGCUCAAUGUAAUAAAGCUUAAUUUGGGUGUGUGUUACUUUGUCAGCUUUCAGUAAAUUUCUCUAUGGGAUUACUACGGGUAGGGCU